AUACAAACACACUCACACACACACAAAAUCAUAGCAAAGUACACAAAUACAGACAUAUGCUAACAUCUGAGCCUGGAAUCACUUUGGAAAUCACCUAAAGAGACAAUAGAGGCAAUAAACAAAGGGCCCUGACUGUGAAGGUGUUGACAAAGAGUCCUGAGGGCCUGAAGUGAGGAGGCAGGUUGAUCGGCUGGUUUGUUAGACUCAGAUUCCCUGAACAUACAGCACUCCAGUCAUCGCCAGCAGGCGAAGGACUCAUUCACAGAGAGAUUUUCCCACACAGUGGAUUUUGUCAUUUCUCCUCCGAGCUGCGUGAAUUUUGACAAGAGGUACGUUCCAGUGCGGGGCAGUACUGACAUUAUCCACCAAACACCAUGGACCAGGAGGAUGACAAAAACUCUGUGGAUAUCCACGACAACCCUCCCGCUCCUGACAAUGUAGUGAAAGAGGACGGAGACACUGUCUAUUUUAUAUAUGAAGAGGAGGUGGAGGUGGAGGAGAAGGAACCAGAAACUCCAGAGCCUGUUAUCCGGGUCAACGACAAACCCCACAAGUUUAAGGACCACUACUGCAAGAAACCCAAGUUCUGUGAUGUCUGCGCUCGCAUGAUAGUCUUGAACAACAAGUUUGCUCUGAGGUGUAAAAACUGCAAGACCAACAUCCACCAUUCAUGUCAGUCCUAUGUUGAGUUUCAGAGGUGCUUCGGCAAAAUUCCACCUGGCUUCAGAAGGGCCUACAGCUCCCCGCUGUACAGCAGUGACCAACCGGAUUCAAAUAACCCGAACAGGAACGAUCCCGUCUUUGACACCCUGCGAGUCGGUGUCAUCAUGGCAAAUAAGGAGCGCAAAAAGAAUGAAAAUGACAAGAAAAAUAUGAUGAUGAUGAUGGAGGAAGAAGAAGAAGAGAACCAACAGCCCAAAGAGAAUGAGGAGGGAGGAGAAGGGAAGCCUGAUGAUAAGAAGGAGAAAGGAGGAGACAAAGCAGACGACAAGAGUAAGGGUACAUUCUCCCAAUCCCACUAUUACCUGGCUCUCUACCGCUUCAAGGCCAUAGAGAAAGACGACCUCGACUUCCACCCUGGUGAUCGGAUCACAGUACUGGAUGACUCCAAUGAAGAGUGGUGGAGGGGAAAGAUGGGGGAGAAGACAGGCUACUUUCCCACCAACUACCUCAUCAAAGUGCGUGCAUCGGAAAGAGUUUUCAAGGUGACACGCUCCUUUGUAGGGAACAGAGAGAUGGGACAAAUCACACUGAAGAAAGAUCAGAUUGUGGUGAAGAAAGGAGAUGAGAAAGGUGGCUACUUGAAGGUCAGCACUGGACGCAAGCUGGGCUACUUCCCUGCUGAUCUGCUGGAAGAGAUCACUGUGACAUAAAAACCUCGACAUGCAAUUAAAGAGCCUGCAACACCCUUUAAAUAUCAGUACAAAAUUGAGACGUCACUAUUCUGGAGAUCCUUCUGAUCUUUCAGCUAUGUUACAUACAUAGUCAAAACAGACUGUCUGUCACAGCAGAAAAGUAUAUGCUGCUGCUUUAAGUUUCUACGUGCUAAAUCUAGCUAGCAUUUAGGAGAGGUAGAGAAAACCUGGAGAGCCUUGCAAAAGGUCAUAAAUCAAUUCAUGAAUUGAUAUGAAUGUAUAAGAUUUAAGACAUCAAUAUAUAUUCUAAAUCAAGAUGACAAUACAGUUUUAAAAGUAAGUGGGCAGUUAAAUCUCACAUCAAAUUAAUAAAAUGAGGCCAUAACAAAACCUCUGAGGGCCAGAUAGAUGGUUAUAAGAGUUGGCAAAUAGGAAACUGAUGAAAUCAAAAUGCAAACAUGAAGAACAACCACAUUGAACUUUCAGGCUUUGUUUUGUUUUUAAAAAACAGCUAUUUAUUCUCAUUUAACACUGCUGUCCAUUUCCAUUGCUUAUGUGAUCCAUUAACCAAAUAUUUUGCAUGGUAAAAGUUUUUAAAUAAUUAAUGUCUAAUAAAACAUUGUUACCAUUGUCAA